CUGAAUGCAAACGUUGUAAAAGUAGUAAAUACCCACACGCGAGAGUACCUGUUGGAUAUAUAGGGAAGCGCAAACUAGAAUAAACGGCAAAAACAAAGAGAGGAAACAGAAGAGAGCAAACGUAAUUGCUCUGGCAACGGCUGGGUGUAACUUUUGCACUCAGACCGGUAGUUGAGUCUCACGUCGGGGCCUCGGGAAACAAUGACUGGUGAAGAAUGAACGCAACUUUUUACGCGGCGAACAUUACCUCAGACAAAUGAGCGUAUCGGUCGGGCAGCUGAUUCAUUAAAAUGAGAGAUUUUGCUUCAUGUAAAUGCUCUUUGACCUGGAAUAAUGGUUGUAGAGUGUUUAAAAGAGUCAGAGUUUGAGGAAAGCUAACAGGCUAUUCAGCCACACCCUCCCGCCGCUUCCUCAUACGCAAGAUGUAGCGGGAGACUACAACCGCCGUAAGAGUCUCAUAGCGACUAAAGUUCGUUACUGAACGUCCUCGGUCGUGGAAAAAGCGACCGACCUUUGGUCAAGCGUUAAAGAAAUGGAAAGUAAAAGUGAAACUUUCUGCGACUGGACAACCGUUGCUUUUCUGUUGAGGAGGGAGUAUGGACAAUAGAUAUGCAUAAGGAACUGAGUUUGCCCAAAGAACUUGGAUUGUGUACGAAAAAAAAAAAGGUUGAAAGACGUUUGGGAGAGUUUAAUGGAUUUUGGAGGUGUCGUGGGAUGAAGGUGGAGAAGAAGCGGGGCGCUCGGUCGGCGCUCGCGCUUUGGUCGGAGGGUCGUACGUGUUCAGCUAUAUGGUCAUCGCCAUUCUGCCGGACAUUAAUUUAAAUGCAUUUAAUUUGCAUGUCGCGUUUAAGAAAUAAAACAAUAGAUGGAACCGAUUCAACAAGCCAGAAGUUUGCAAUUCUGGAAGUCUGUCAGUCAACCUGCACUUUGCCUUCAUUUGGGCAUCCUCUCAUAUGGCACUGCAGUAGCCUUUUAAAAGAGUUUAUGGUUUCUUGCCGUUUUGGAGCAACAUUGACAGAAUCUACCUGUGAAACCGACCAGACUGUAGCCUACCUGAAGAAAGGUAGUUGUGAAUUUGAUUUGUGUCCCUCCUCGUCAUUAACAGUAAAAUCUGUUUAUUUAAAUGUUGGGCAAUUCAGAGUUUUUGAAGGGAUUUAAUUCUAGCUCUCCUGAGCCUCUUUUUGCCCACAUUUUUAGGUUUUAUUUCUUUCAUCAGAAGUCAGGCCCUUAUUCUCACACUUACAUUUAGUGAAGUUUAAUAUUAUUAUGCGUUAGCAAAUGUCUACUCAAAUAAAAUUGACCUGUGUGUUUGCAAAGAAGCUUAAUAGAGGACUUUGUCAAUAUUUUUUGAAGGACAUUAUUGAAGACUCUUUGGCCAGUUUUUAAUACUUCCCAGAGAAGGUUUGGGAAUCUCUUUCAGACUGAAGAAAAUGUCAUAAGUUACAUGUUCGCAUAAUUGAGCGUGUGUUGUACUCUUUAUUUUGAAAAAAAAAAGAAAAUAAAAUUUUGAAUAUUAGUGUGAGCACCCUACUAUGGCUAGUAGUGGCUCGGGAAAAUCAGAUAGUAAGGUUCCUACCAACAUCCUAAGUGGCAGCUUGCAACAAAGGAAAAGACUUUCAUCCAUCUGUGAUGCAUGCAAAAGCAAAAUGCAGCUGGUAGCAGACCUCCUCCUAUUGUCCAGUGAGACCAGGCCAGUGGUCCACUGCGAUGGCCUGCCAGUAGCAGAGACUUUUGAGAAAUGUCGCGACACGGUGAUCGCCAGAACGAAAGAGUUGUCUAUUAUUGUUCAUGACAUUCAGAGCCAGCUCAACAUGGGGAAAUUUGUGGAGGUUGGGGAUCGACUGGUUGAGAUGGGGGACCUCGUGGUCUCACUGACGGAGUAUUCAGCACACGCAGCAUAUUUGGCAGCUGUGGAGACCCCAGGCUCACAAGCUGCUGUUCCCGGCUUGGUGGACCGCUAUAAAGUCACCCGGUGCCGGCAUGAAGUGGAGCAGGCCUGCAACAUUCUUCGCCUGACGGCUCUGGCUGACCUGACGCCACAGCUCCUUCUAGAGUUGUCGCAGAACAUUCUAAAGAACCUCACCACCCUUACAGACGCAUCCUCCCUGGCCAGUGAUAAAUCUAAGGACAAGUUUGCCAAGGAGCAGUUCAAAGCCAGUGUCAAGUGCAUGAGCACGAGUGCUUCGGCUCUCUUGGCAUGUGUGAGGGAAGUAAAGGCCUAUCCAAGCGAGCUGACCCGCAACCGCUGCAUCCUGUUCAGCGGACCACUCGUGCAGGCGGUGCACGCCUUGGUAGGUUUCGCCACUGAACCGCAGUUUCUUGGAAAAGCAGCCAGCAUCACCCCCGAAGGAAAGGGGGUGCAAACGGCCAUUCUUGGUGGAGCCAUGAGCGUCGUGUCGGCCUGCGUGCUCCUGACCCAAGGCCUGAGGGAUAUCUCUCAGCAUCCCGAGAGCAGCUCCCAGAUGCCCAUCUACCGGGAGCGACUGCGGAACUCUGCUUGCGCCGUCUCGGACGGAUGCACGCUGCUUUCUCAGGCACUAAGAGAACGAUCCUCACCCAGAACUCUACCGCCAGUUAACUCUCAUUCUGUGAAUUAAAACUCCUUAACAUACACAGCACCAACCCCACGGCACAUUAGUACCAAAGAAUCUAUUCAGGUUUUUUCCCACAUAAUAUGACCCUGUUGAGAAAAUGUAGUUUUUAUGCGUCUAAAUUAACUCUUUAUGGCAGACGGCUUUACUCAUCUUGAGGUCAGAGGUGACAUUUAUAGUUUUUUUUUUUUUUAUGCUGGGUGUGAUUUGAGGAAAAAAUUACUAAAACUGACAACUACUGCAAAUCUAUGUUACCCUCUGUCGGUUACAAAUUUGGUCAUAAGUGGUAAUUUAAACAGAAGCCUUAAUAAAAUAAAAUUGAAAGUUUA